AGUUCAGCUCGUUUCACCGUUCACCGACGCCGCGUGACGCUUAAACACGGACAGCGCGCGGCGAACGCUAGGAAGCUCUCGCUCUCUCUCACGCUCUCUCACGCGCUAAAGAACGAAUGCAUACUGAUGAAUUUGAAUCUACAGUGUCGGAUCGGACCUGAGCGUUUUAAUCGAUGUCGGGGUUUUAUCUCUGGAUAUAAGCCGAAUCCUCCUCCUCCUCCUCCUCCUCAGCAGAACGGAAAGACCUCAUCAAAGAGGCAAAUUAUGCCAGCAGUACCAGAGUCGCUGUCUCUGGUGACGUGCCAGCCUGUUGGUGAGACCCUUCGCUCCAGCGCCCACCCCUGUGCCAUCUCCCCUGGCAGGCCCAUGCUGGUGGACGCCCCACUCAGGCCCACGCCCGCACCAUGAGCGCCAACGGCCCUGCUCCGCCUGCUGCGACUCCUGCCGCACCCCCCGCAGCCUCCGUGCCUGUAUCGUCAGUGGUACCGGUCGGCUCGCUGGCCCAGAAGAAGCGGCAGCAGUAUGCCAAGAGCAAAAAACAGGGCAGUUCGGCCAACACGCGGCCGCAGAGAGCUCUCUUCUGCCUCAACCUCAACAACCCCAUCCGCCGGGCCUGUAUCAGCCUCGUGGAAUGGAAGCCAUUUGAUAUCUUUAUAUUGAUAGCGAUUUUUGCCAACUGUAUGGCCUUAGCUGUAUACAUCCCCUUUCCCGAGGAUGAUUCCAACUCAACCAACCACGACCUGGAAACAGUUGAAUAUGCCUUCCUUAUCAUUUUCACUAUCGAAACCUUCCUGAAGAUCGUAGCAUAUGGCUUGGUGAUGCAUCAGAACGCAUAUGUCCGAAACGGAUGGAACAUGCUGGAUUUCGUCAUUGUCGUCAUAGGAUUGUUUAGUGUUGUCUUGGAAGUUUUGACCAAAGAAGGGGAGAAGGAUACUGCUGGAAGCCUCCCGCCUGUUCACGGCCAUGGAGGGAAACCAGGAGGUUUCGAUGUCAAAGCCCUCAGAGCCUUUCGAGUGCUGCGACCUCUUCGCCUGGUCUCAGGAGUGCCCAGUUUACAGGUGGUGCUGAACUCCAUCAUUAAAGCCAUGGUUCCCCUCCUCCACAUCGCCCUGCUGGUUCUGUUCGUUAUCAUCAUCUACGCCAUCAUCGGUUUGGAGCUUUUCAUUGGAAAAAUGCACGCUACCUGUUACUUUCAAGGGACAGAAAUAAUAGCAGAGGAUGAACCCGCACCAUGUGCUGUUAACGGUCAUGGCCGCACAUGCCCCAUUAAUGGCACCGUGUGUAAGGAGGGCUGGCACGGCCCCAACGGAGGCAUCACGAACUUCGACAACUUCAUGUUUGCCAUGCUCACUGUGUUUCAGUGCAUUACCAUGGAGGGCUGGACGGAUGUGCUCUACUGGAUGAAUGAUGCUAUGGGGUUGGAGCUGCCCUGGGUGUACUUUGUGAGCUUGGUCAUCUUCGGCUCUUUCUUCGUCUUGAACCUGGUUCUGGGUGUGUUGAGCGGAGAGUUCUCUAAAGAGCGAGAGAAGGCGAAGGCUCGUGGAGAUUUCCAAAAGCUACGGGAGAAACAGCAACUGGAAGAAGAUCUGAAAGGUUAUCUGGACUGGAUCACGCAAGCCGAAGACAUCGACCCUGAGAAUGAGGAGGAAGAUGAGGAAAGCAAACGCAACCGGGUUACAUUGGCCAGCCUGAUGGAGAAGAAGAAGAAAGGGUUUAACUGGUUCAGCCAGUCCUCUGACACUCAUGCAAGCAUGCCGGCGAGUGAGACAGAAUCCAUGAAUACAGAAAAUGAGAAAGGAGAAGAGGAGAAGGCAACAUGUUGCGGCCCGACAUGUCAAAAAAUUUCAAAAUCAAAGUUCAGUCGGCGCUGGCGUCGCUGGAACCGGAUGUGUCGAAGGAAUUGUCGUUUGGCUGUGAAAUCUGUGCCAUUCUAUUGGCUGGUGAUCAUCUUGGUUUUCCUCAACACUUUGACUAUCUCUUCAGAACAUUACAACCAGCCCCUGUGGCUCACGCAAGUCCAGGAUGUGGCCAAUAAAGUGCUGCUGGCCCUGUUCACGUGUGAGAUGUUGGUGAAGAUGUACAGUCUGGGUCUGCAGGCUUAUUUUGUGUCUCUGUUUAAUCGCUUUGACUGCUUUGUGGUGUGCGGAGGCAUCACAGAGACGAUCCUAGUCGAGAUUGAGAUUAUGUCACCUCUCGGCAUCUCAGUGUUUCGAUGUGUGCGACUUCUCAGGAUCUUUAAAGUCACACGUCAUUGGGCAUCUCUCAGUAACUUGGUGGCAUCUCUGCUGAACUCCAUGAAGUCCAUUGCUUCUCUACUGCUGCUGCUCUUCCUCUUCAUCAUCAUCUUCAGCCUCCUUGGUAUGCAGGUGUUUGGUGGCAAGUUUAACUUUGACGAGACACAAACGAAGAGGAGCACCUUUGACAACUUCCCUCAGGCCUUGCUCACUGUGUUUCAGAUUCUGACCGGUGAAGACUGGAAUGCCGUCAUGUACGAUGGAAUUAUGGCGUACGGCGGCCCAUCAUCGUCAGGAAUGAUCGUGUGCAUCUACUUCAUCAUUCUCUUCAUAUGUGGAAAUUACAUUCUUCUGAAUGUGUUCUUGGCUAUCGCUGUGGACAACCUUGCCGACGCAGAGUCUCUGAACACAGACAGCAACGAUAAGAAGAAAGGUGAUGAAAACGAAGAUGACGCCAAGGCUGGAGAGGAGGAUGAGAAAGACAAUGCAGAGGAGGAUGAAGAUGAGCCGGACGUUCCUGCAGGGCCCCGCCCACAGAUCUCAGAGCUUGUUAAGAAGGAGAAAAUCACUCCAAUCCCAGAGGGCAGUGCGUUCUUCAUCUUUAGCAGCACAAACCCAAUUCGUGUCGCGUGCCACAAGCUGAUAAACCACCACAUCUUCACCAACCUCAUCCUUGUCUUCAUUAUGCUAAGCUCCGCCUCCUUGGCAGCUGAGGACCCAAUCAGAAACUUCUCUGCCCGGAAUAUUGUCCUAGGCUAUGCAGAUUAUGUCUUCACUAGUAUGUUUACAUUUGAGAUCGUGUUGAAGAUGACCACGUAUGGAGCGUUUCUCCACAAGGGGGCUUUCUGCAGGAACUACUUUAAUCUUCUUGAUCUGCUGGUGGUCGGCGUGUCGCUGGUGUCCUUCGGAAUUCAAUCGUCGGCCAUCUCAGUGGUGAAGAUACUGAGGGUUCUGAGGGUGCUGCGUCCACUCAGGGCCAUAAACAGAGCUAAAGGACUGAAGCAUGUGGUCCAGUGUGUGUUUGUGGCUAUCAGGACUAUCGGAAACAUCAUGAUUGUCACCACACUGCUACAGUUCAUGUUUGCCUGCAUUGGUGUACAGCUCUUCAAGGGGAAGUUUUACCGCUGUACUGAUGACACCAAGUCCAGCCCAGAAGAGUGCAAGGGAAUAUAUAUCCUGUAUAAGGAUGGAGACGCGAACCUGCCAAUCAUUCAGAAGCGCCACUGGCACAACAGCGAUUUCAACUUUGAUAACGUGCUCAUGGCCAUGAUGGCUCUAUUCACAGUGUCCACGUUUGAAGGCUGGCCAGCGUUGUUGUACAAGGCCAUAGACUCCAACCGGGAGAACAUGGGUCCGAUCUACAACUACCGUGUGGAGAUUUCCAUCUUCUUCAUCAUUUACAUCAUCAUCAUCGCCUUCUUCAUGAUGAACAUCUUCGUGGGUUUCGUCAUUGUGACCUUUCAGGAACAGGGAGAGAAAGAGUACAAAAACUGUGAGCUGGACAAGAACCAGCCCACAGAGGCACCUCAGGUGGAUGAGACGGGGAACACUGAAGACAGCGCUCGCAUUUCAAUCACCUUCUUCCGUCUUUUCCGAGUGAUGCGAUUGGUCAAGCUACUGAGCAGGGGGGAGGGCAUUCGAACCCUUCUCUGGACCUUCAUCAAGUCCUUCCAGGCCCUGCCGUAUGUCGCUUUGCUGAUAGCCAUGCUCUUCUUCAUCUAUGCUGUCAUUGGCAUGCAGGUGUUUGGGAAAAUUGCCAUGGUGGACCACACACAAAUCAACAGGAACAACAACUUUCAGACGUUCCCUCAGGCUGUGCUUCUGCUCUUCAGAUGUGCAACAGGUGAAGCCUGGCAGGAUAUCAUGUUGGCAUGUAUGCCAGGGAAGCUGUGUGACCCGGAGUCAGACUAUAAUCCAGGAGAAGAGAUGACCUGCGGGAGCAACUUUGCCAUCAUCUACUUCAUCACCUUCUACAUGCUCUGCGCCUUCCUGAUCAUUAACCUGUUUGUGGCUGUCAUCAUGGACAACUUUGACUAUCUGACCCGUGAUUGGUCGAUUCUGGGGCCACAUCAUCUUGAUGAAUUUAAGAGGAUUUGGUCAGAGUAUGAUCCAGAGGCCAAAGGCAGAAUAAAACAUCUUGAUGUAGUGACGUUGUUGCGCCGUAUUCAGCCUCCACUUGGCUUUGGGAAACUCUGUCCUCAUAGAGUCGCCUGCAAGAGGCUGGUGGCUAUGAACAUGCCUCUGAACAGUGACGGCACUGUCAUGUUUAAUGCAACACUUUUUGCUCUUGUGAGAACUGCUCUGAAGAUCAAAACGGAAGGUAACCUAGAGCAGUCCAACGAAGAGCUCAGAGCUGUGAUUAAGAAGAUCUGGAAGAGAACAAGCAUGAAACUUCUGGAUCAAGUAGUGCCCCCUGCUGGUGAUGAUGAGGUAACGGUGGGGAAGUUCUAUGCCACUUUCCUGAUACAGGACUACUUUAGGAAAUUCAAGAAACGCAAAGAGGAAGGCCUGGUGGGCGUUCACCCAGCACAGAACAACACCGCUGUCGCCCUGCAGGCUGGCCUUCGUACGCUGCAUGACAUUGGGCCAGAAAUCCGCCGUGCGAUAUCAUGUGACCUGCAGGAUGAUGAGCUAGUAGACUUUAUGCCAGAGGAGGACGAAGAAAUUUAUAGGCGAAAUGGAGGACUCUUUGGCAACCAUAUCAACCAUAUAAAUGGUGAAUCCCGGAGAAGCUCCGGCCACCAGACAAAUGCCACACAGCGCCCCCUGCAGGUGCAGCCGCCCCCACAUUACGCCCACAUGGAACAGACCGUGGGGCGCCUGGGUCGCGCCAAUGCCAUGGCGCAGCAAAACCAUCAUCGCCACCACCACCACCAUCAUCACCAUCAUCAUCAUCACAACUCCUACAACAAGUCACCCAAGUCUACCAACAUCAACCUCAACAACGCCAAUGUGUCCAGCUUACCCAACGGAGGACACAAUCGUUACUAUGAGCACAUGCCCGCUAACGGUUACCCGGGAUCGUACUACGGAGAAUACGACAAGCCCAGGAGCCCUCACGGACAAAGAAGGCGCUACUAUGAGACGUAUAUUAGGUCGCAGGGCAGUGACAGAAGACGACCCACUAUACGCCGCGAAGAGGAGUAUGAAGAAGAUCGUUACACUGGAGAGUACUACAGUGGAGAGGAGUUUUACGAAGACGACAGCAUGCUGUCGGGUGACAGGUACCCCAACAGUGACCAGGAAUAUGAGACACCACGGGGUUACCAUCAUCCUGACAGCUGCUAUGAGGAUGACGAGCUGCCCCUUUAUCACGAUUCACAUAGGUCACCAAAGAGAAGACUACUUCCUCCAACACCGCAAGGUAAUCGGAGACCGUCGUUUAAUUUUGAGUGUCUGCGCAGACAGAGCAGUCAAGAUGAUCUUCCUCACCAGCGUACUGCUCUUCCAUUACAUCUCAUGCAACACCAGGUGAUGGCUGUAGCGGGUCUCGACUCCAGCAGGGCUCACAGGCUUUCACCUACACAAUCUACCAGAUCACCUCCUCCCACUCCUGCAAGUAAAGACCGAACGCCGUACUACACACCGCUUAUCCGCGUGGACCGUCCUCUGAGGGACAGUGUCCACAGCAGUCACUCAUCCAUCAGGAAGAGCUUGUGGUAUACAGACGACCCCGAGUACCAGAGGAACUACUCACCCGUUCACCUGCAGGUCCCGCCCGAGUAUAGAAACCAGUACCACCAGAAGCGAGGCAGCGCUACUAGCCUGGUAGAGGCGGUCUUGAUAUCAGAAGGACUGGGUCGAUAUGCCAAGGAUCCAAAGUUCGUGGCCGCCACGAAGCACGAGAUCGCAGACGCAUGCGAGAUGACCAUCGACGAAAUGGAGAGCGCCGCCAGCCAUCUCCUGAACGGCGGCAUUACGCCGAGUGCCAACGGCGUCACUGUCUUUCCCAUAAUGGGCCACAGAGACUACGAGCUGCAAGAUGUCUCCGCUAGCUACAGUGAUGAGGAACCAGAACCCGAACCCAGACCGCAGUAUGAGGAGGACCUGGCAGACGAAAUGAUAUGCAUUACCACUUUAUAGCACCUGAUAAGCGGCUACUGCUGUUCCUCAGAAAGUGAUCAGCAAAACAAACAAAUCGAAUUAUAGUAUAUUUACUGGCUUGCUACCUAAAGAAGUGCCUUUACAGCAGAGCAGAAAGGCACCACAAGAACGGACACAUCGGUGACACUCGCUCACUUCCUGUUCACACAGGAAUUUGGCAGUCGUGGCACCAGGGAGGAGCUAAGAAUCUCUGGAGGUAAACUUUAAUUGGCUGCUUGUACCGUCACUGCAGGAAAUGGACCAAUG